AUGGGUAAAGCAGCUAAAUCUCUUACUUUUGUGAGCGAUAAAAAGACCAAGCUAGAGAUAAAGAAGUAACAACUUCAAAAAGUUAAGAAAUCAGGGAAUUCCAUAAAGAAGUUAAAGGAUAAGAGUAAGGAUGAUUAAUUGAAAAAUGAUUAUGAAGAGUUAAAAGCAUUAUUAAGAUUGGAUGUAGUAGCUAAUAGUACUAUGUCAGAUAUAGAUAGUGCUAAUUAAUAAAGUAGCAAGUUGUAGAUCAAUAAGGAGGUUAGGCAAGAAAUUAAAAAAAAGUUGAAAAUGAGCACUAAAAAGAAGAGAUUUAUAAAACUUCUGGAAUCUAAUCCUUAGAGAGAUAAGAAACCUAAGGAUCUGACAGAUAUUUAGAUUGAGAGUGCUAAAAAGACGCUUAAGGAUAACAGUGCACUGACUCGCGGAUAAAAGAAAAGACUAAAGAAGAAGGAGAAAUUCAUCAAUAAAAAGAUAAUGGAGUCAAAGGCUGUUGAAACAAAAUAAAUCAAUAAGAAAAAGUUAAUAGAAUUAAAAAAUAGCCUUAAGCCACCUAAGCCUUUGGAUGAUUAGAUGGUAGAUGUAUCUAUUGUCAAGAAGUAAAAGAAGUAAGAACAAUCUAAUAAAUUUGGAGAUUUCUCUAAUAUGAAUUCCCUAUUAGAGAAUAUUCAAAGCCAAGUAUAGAAAUAGGAAAAACAACAAUAAAUGCAAAAACAGUCUAAAAAAUAAUAGGCUAUUGAUGCCUAAUAGGAAAAAGAAAGACUUAGCAAAAUCAUAAAUCUGAACUCGUUCCAUUAGAAUUCUCUAGAUACUUUGUUUUUGCAUGUAAACAACACAAUCAACUAAAAAAACUAAAAUUCUAAAUGA